CAGUAGAAAACCAGUAGUAUGUUUGAAUUUACCUUGCUUCUCCCCAUUAUGUUGCCCGAGAUGAGAGCUGUGUGUAUUUUUAGUCUGAAAAAAAUCCUCCGAUGACGCAAAAAUCGUCAUUUUGCGUCAUCGGAGGAUUUUUCAGCCAGAGCCUUAAGACUACAGCCAGAAUAGCAGUUAGUUCCGCAUGUUUUAACCACGCCCAUAUGGGUGGGAUCUCACUCACAGAAUGUAAAGAUAGUGUCAGCCAUCUUUAGAAGCUAAGCUAACAUGCUAUUGCUCCGUGGAGAAAGUUUUGAUAACAAUGGCGGAAGGUUUUGAGGUCGAAGUUGCAGAAGUGGAUUUUGAAGAGCUGUUGAGAGAGUCGGAUGUUCGCGGCUACCUGUACGAGCCGCAAUACAGCAACGAACAGUUGCGGAUGAUGGAGGAACAAGAGGCGGUCGAGGCAGCUGCUGCACCCGAUGAGCAAGACCUGCUUGGCGGUCAGGAGGAAGAGCCCGAGCAGGCUCGAGUUGGGUCGGACUGGUGGUGUCAGUGCACUUGCUGUGCGCCUAUGGAAACGGAAAAAGAGUCUUUAUGCUGUUACGAAUUCCACCGAUGCCAAUUUCUUUUGGAAGAGAUGGCGGAUUCAGCUCAUCAAACGGCACCGCUAGCAUGCGUAACCCAGCACCCCAGUUUCGAACCACACAUGGACAGGGGGGUCCUGGAAACUUAUUUCAGGACCCCGAAGAUAAACUGGAAACGCCAACCAAAGCCCGCAGGGAGAAACGGACGUCUUAGUGUAAAACAAUAUCGUCUAACAGCAUACCGACACUUUAUGGAAUGGGUCCUGCAAGGCGAGAGACUGGGGAAAGGCUAUCGUCUUGUUUUGCCUACCUGUGUGGUUCAAUACAUCAGACGCAGAUUUCCAGCUCCUGAUGGGCAAUAUUGUGGAUAUAAAGAGACUGCUGAAGCUCUUGAAGAGCUAUGAGUGUUAAAGUGUUUAUUAUUAUUAUUUAAUAAAAAGUUAAAAUUCA